AUGACCUGUCUCCUCGACCUCUCGCACGAGCUGCUACAGGGCAUCUUGGGCGAGGUCGACGGACAUGACCUUGCGGCAUUAAGUGCGACAUGCCGUGCCUUCAACUCAUUUGUCAAGGGCAACAGAAUACUCUGCAAGAGUGUCUACCUGCGCUCAUGGCGUGACGCUUUCUCAUGGGCGGCUCCUCUGAUCGCUCCACUCUUGUCCGUCAAGAACAGUACGAGAAAUGCACAAUUCCUCGCCGACCUCUUCAAGUCACAGAAGAACAUCGACGCCUUCCUCGCUUCAUCCUCCCUCUUCGAACACGCUGGAAACUUGACACAGCAACCCGCAGCCACGCCAGAGCUACGCCAGCUUGCAGCAAAAUUGCACUGUCUUUACGGUGUUCCCAUAGACUGCCAGAUCCCACCAAUGCUCGUACAGGAAGACAGCGACGAUAACUCUCCAUCGCCAUCAUACUCGGUCCUCUGGCAUCCAGAUUCGGCUGGAGAAAGCGUCCAGACCCCCACCAACAACUAUGCUCGCGCCAUUGUCUAUGAUCUUCGACGAUAUACAGAAGAGAGUUUGUGGGGUCCCUUUAAGAGCGAUGGAAGCCAGGAAGUCGACUGGGAGAAAGUCGAGUCUAUAAUGGUGGUUCUGGGAUACAACAUGCGACUCUUCAACAGAAGAGCCCCACACGUCUUCGAGCCAGUUUGGGAGAAGCCAUUCAAUGGUGUCUCUCCAUACUCCUACAUCUCUGCUCAGCCCACGGGUCUCGUACGAGAAUUAAGUCCACCUGGCGAUCUGGACAUGCAGGAUCCAUACGGCAUCACCGGAGAAUGGAUGCGUGUCGUCUGCUUCUUGGAUUACCACGACUUGUUCGCCUUCAACUUCUUGCACAGCGUACCUGCUGAUCAGCCACGAGACCCCAUCAACACUCGCGAAGCCAUCAGGAUCAUCCGCCUCAAACUCCGUGUAUCUGCAAUCGAACCUCCGGGUCCCGAGGAUGGUCAAGAUUAUCCUGUCGUUUCUUUUACGGGUACAAGCUGGAGCUUACACGCAAGCUGGGAUGCAAACGCCAAUUCGCAAAUCAGAGGUGAAAUUCGGUGGACGACAUUUUCUAUAUUCCACAGUGAAGAACGCUGGCGCAGCGAAGGUAUCCAAGUCGGCGGCAUCCGCUCCGGCAGAGGCGUGCUGGGCAACUGGUUCGACAAGGACUUUGACCGCCAUGGACCUGCUGGACCCACUGCCUUCUGGAAAGUGUCUGACUAUAUCGGGGACAAGGAUGUUGAGGAGGGUCAUGAUGAUGCGUCGUUGGGGGACGAUGACUCGGAGGGUGAUACUGAGUAUAUGAGUGAUUGA